AUGGGCCUUCUGGAUCCGGGCGCUGGCGACAGCUACCCCGGCUUCAUUCACUUGGCCCAGGGCUCCUCUCGCUCCGCGCCCCCCUCUGCGUCCACCGAAGCCGGGUUCUUGCACCUCCGGACCCCGCAGACGACGGCCGCGUGCACGGACCGGACCCUUGCGGAAAGCCUCGCCCCGGUCGGCCGCCGCGGAGAGCGGUGCCUAGGCCGGGAGGACGCGGCUGGCCGCUCGCCUUUGUUCUGGGGUGCUGAGCGUCUCUGCGUGGAGCAGGUUGUCCGUGCGAGUCCGUGCGCUCGGCGUGUGCUCGUUGCCCUCCGGACGCUCGACAUAUGUAGAGUGUGUCGGUCAGAAGGAACACCCGAGAAACCUCUUUAUCACCCUUGUGUAUGUACUGGCAGUAUUAAGUUUAUCCAUCAAGAAUGCUUAGUUCAGUGGCUGAAACACAGUCGAAAAGAAUAUUGUGAAUUAUGCAAGCACAGAUUUGCUUUUACACCAAUUUAUUCCCCAGAUAUGCCUUCACGGCUUCCUAUCCAAGACAUAUUUGCUGGGCUAGUUACAAGUAUUGGUACUGCAAUACGAUAUUGGUUUCAUUAUACACUUGUGGCCUUUGCUUGGUUGGGAGUUGUUCCUCUUACAGCAUGCCGCAUCUACAAGUGCUUGUUUACUGGCUCCGUGAGCUCACUACUGACACUGCCACUGGACAUGCUGUCCACGGAAAACUUGCUGGCGGAUUGUUUGCAGGGCUGUUUCGUGGUGACAUGCACACUGUGUGCAUUCAUCAGCCUGGUGUGGCUGCGGGAGCAGAUUGUCCACGGGGGAGCCCCGAUCUGGUUGGAGCAUGCCGCGCCGCCCUUCAAUGCUGCAGGGCCCCACCAGAAUGAGGCUCCAGUAGGAGGAAAUGGUGUAGAAAAUGCUGCUGCCGAACAGCCUGCGGACCCCCCUGCUGAGGAUGCAGUGGUGGGGGAGAACCCGGCCGUGCAGGAUGAGCAGGCGGAGGAGGAGGAGGAGGAGGACAACGAGGAGGACGAUGACGCUGGCGUGGAGGAUGCGGCGGAUGCUAAUAAUGGUGCCCAGGAUGACAUGAACUGGAAUGCUUUGGAAUGGGACCGAGCUGCAGAAGAGCUUACAUGGGAACGAAUGCUAGGACUUGAUGGAUCACUAGUUUUUCUUGAGCAUGUCUUCUGGGUGGUGUCUUUAAAUACAUUGUUCAUUCUUGUUUUUGCGUUUUGCCCCUACCACAUUGGUCAUUUCUCCCUUGUUGGUUUGGGAUUUGAAGAACAUGUCCAAGCAUCUCAUUUUGAAGGCUUAAUCACAACCAUAGUUGGGUAUAUACUUUUAGCAAUAACACUGAUAAUUUGUCAUGGCCUGGCAACUCUUGUUAAAUUUCACAGGUCUCGUCGCUUACUGGGAGUCUGCUAUAUUGUUGUUAAGGUCUCCUUGCUAGUGGUGGUGGAAAUUGGAGUGUUCCCUCUCAUCUGUGGCUGGUGGUUGGACAUCUGCUCCCUGGAAAUGUUUGAUGCUACUCUGAAAGACCGAGAACUGAGCUUUCAGUCCGCUCCAGGCACUACCAUGUUUCUGCACUGGCUGGUGGGGAUGGUGUAUGUGUUCUACUUUGCCUCCUUCAUUCUGCUGCUCAGAGAGGUACUUCGACCUGGUGUCUUAUGGUUUCUAAGGAAUUUAAAUGAUCCAGAUUUCAAUCCAGUGCAGGAAAUGAUCCACUUGCCCAUUUAUAGGCAUCUCCGAAGAUUUAUUUUGUCAGUGAUUGUCUUUGGCUCCAUUGUCCUCCUGAUGCUUUGGCUCCCGGUACGGAUAAUCAAGAGUCUGCUGCCUCAUUUUCUUCCCUACAACGUCAUGCUCUACAGUGAUGCUCCGGUGAGUGAACUGUCCCUUGAGCUGCUUCUGCUACAGGUCGUCUUGCCAGCAUUGCUGGAGCAGGGACACACGAGGCAGUGGCUGAAGGGGCUCGUGCGCGCUUGGACUGUCACUGCGGGCUACUUGCUGGAUCUUCAUUCCUAUUUACUGGGAGACCAGGAGGAAAACGAGAACAGUGCAAAUCAACAAGUGAACAAUAACCAGCAUGCUCGAAAUAACAACGCCAUUCCUGUGGUGGGGGAAGGCCUGCAUGCAGCCCACCAGGCCAUCCUCCAGCAGGGAGGGCCUGUUGGCUUCCAGCCUUACCGCCGGCCUCUGAACUUCCCACUCAGGAUUCUGGUGUUGAUCAUCCUCAUGUGUGUGACGUUGCUGAUCGCCAGCCUCAUCUGCCUUACCUUACCAGUAUUUGCUGGCCGUUGGCUCAUGUCAUUCUGGACGGGCACUGCCAAGAUCCACGAGCUCUACACAGCUGCUUGUGGUCUCUAUGUGUGCUGGCUCACCAUCCGGGCUGUGACGGUGCUGGUGGCCUGGAUGCCUCAGGGGCGCAGAGUGAUCUUCCAGAAAGUGAGAGAGUGGGCUCUCAUGGUCGUGAAGACCGUGGUCGUGGCGGUGCUGCUGGCUGGGGCUGUCCCGCUUCUUCUGGGGCUCUUGUUCGAGUUGGUCAUUGUCGCCCCCCUGCGAGUUCCUUUGGAUCAGACGCCUCUUUUCUAUCCAUGGCAGGACUGGGCACUUGGAGUCCUGCAUGCCAAAAUUAUUGCAGCUAUUACAUUGAUGGGUCCUCAGUGGUGGCUGAAAACUGUAAUCGAACAGGUCUAUGCAAAUGGUAUCCGGAACAUCGACCUUCACUACAUCAUACGUAAACUGGCGGCCCCAGUGAUCUCCGUGCUCCUGCUGUCCCUGUGUGUACCUUACGUCCUUGCUUCUGGUGUUGUUCCUCUACUAGGUGUAACUGCCGAAAUGCAAAACUUAGUCCACCGGCGGAUUUAUCCAUUUUUACUGAUGGUUGUGGUAUUGAUGGGAAUCCUGUCCUUCCAGGUCCGCCAGUUUAAGCGCCUUUAUGAACAUAUUAAAAAUGACAAGUACCUUGUGGGGCAGCGCCUGGUGAACUAUGAGCGGAAGUCUGGCAAGCAGGGCACCUCUGCGCCCGCUCCACCGCCGUCCCAAGAGUGAAGUGCUUGCCCCAGCUCCUCGGCCCUGCCCUUGCCUUUACACGCCCUCUUUGUGGACUUCUCGCUUGGAGGGUCCCCGUGAUCUCUCAGCGCUGUUUUUAAGUUAACCGUACUUGACUUGUACCCUCAGCAUUCAGAGGGCAGCUCGUACAGCUCCGCUGCUCCACCCUGCAUCUGCUGACAUCACUGCUGUCUGAGUUCUGUAUAUGUGUACAUAGAAGCUCCUUGAUCCCCUAAAACCUUGGAUUAAACAGAAUGUGCAUUGUACAUCUUUAAACAAACAAAUGUAUAUUAAUUUAUUAAAUCUAGUUGUCACUUUAUUUUGGACCUGCUGUGAUCUCGACAGGAAUCAUGCCACAGAGCAGUAGCACAGGCGAGACUUCAGAGCUGCUGGGGAGCGCAGCUCAUGGUGUUCCUAGCAGUUCCCACUCAGUAACUGUCUGUUCUGUCUGUCUGGGCUGUUCCACCUCACGGGCGCCAAGAGGAAGCAGAGAGAGCCGUCAGCAGUGAAGGGUCUGGUAAGAAAACAUGAACUGUGUGCUUCACUGUUGUUUUUGGAAAUUAUUUUGUAUAACACCAAAGCUGUUGUACAUUUUCUACUGCCUGAUUUUUUUCAUGUGUCUGUGUUUGUAAUAUUGUAUAGUAUCUUGUGCUAGGUGAGAUUAUUUUUAUUUUUGAUAAUUUAAUAUUCCUAGUGAUCAGCAUUGGGAGUUGGAUUUUUGUGCUUGUUAGGGGCAUGUUCAUGCUGGGGAGAAAAAAAAAAAAAAAAAAAAAAAAGUGCAAAUGAAGAUUUUCAUUCAUGCUUAUAUCCCCCUUCCACACAACUCUUACUUUUUGGCUGAAAGUGUUGUGCAAGAUCAUAAAUCUUAGGGAGUAACAUCACCAGCGACACUGCAUCUCCCUGGGGGUCAGAUGCAGCCGAGGCGCUUGUCAAGCAGGUGCGGUUGUGGUCUUGGAUUGCCAGCAUUGCAGGAUCCUGCGUAGAAUGCCUGCUCCUGCUAGCCAGGUCAUUGCUGGGAGAGGAUCGGUGAGCGCAUUUCUCCUCCAUGUUCAUCAGUAAGUCUCAAUGUUUCCAGAGCUUUCUGUUUACAGAAUAAAACUGCAAAGGAAGCUGCCUGAGCUGGCCUUUUCACAUAGGAAUGUAUUUUAUUACAAACAUGCUAUAGAACAUCUCAGAGAACUGAACACUUACAAACUUGAUUUUCCCUUAUAACCAAAACGUUCAGUUCAAAGUUUGGACGAAUAGAAUGGUUGGUUAUAUGAUCAAGUAUUUAAUACUAAUGGUAUAUUGUAAGGGUAGUAUUUACUUUUGAGUGACAGUUUAGAAAUUCUCAUAGAAAUGGACAGUCAUUAGAAACUAUACAAAUUUCCAUACAGUAUUAAAACCCAUAGAUUAAAGUCAGAAUGUUUUAAAAAUAUGAAUGUCAGCCAAACAUAAGCUACCAAAAUCAAGAGCAACAUGUUCUGAUAGUUUUUAUUUCUCCGUAGUUUUUCCCUAAUUGGUAAGGAAAUACUUUAAAAUUAUUUUAAAAUAUCAGUAUAAAAUGCUUGCCAUAGGGUUCAGUGUUGACACUCUCAGGCACUUUGUAGUAGCCCUUUCUCUUUUUUGCUAUACCUAUAUUGAGAAAUACAGUCCUACUGUAAAAUAUUUGUAGCAUUUGAAAGCAUAAUGCCAUCUGUCAUGGUGUAUGGCUACAUAAGUUCUUUUUAUGAGAAAAGUACAGAAUUGGGCUUAUAGGUUGAUUGUAUUAAUUUAGGUUUCUAUUAAAUUUUCAGAAAAUUUGUAGACAUGAUUUAAAGUCUUUAGAAAUACGUUAUUUUAACAGAUCUAGGUGAUACCACAAAAGCUUAAAAUUUUUCAAUCCUAUGAAAAUUUUAAAUGAAUUUUAUGUGUUAUUUAAAAAUGUAAAAAAUUGUGUAUGUGUGCACACACGUGUGCGCAUGGCCAAAACUUGCUCUUGUUUUAUUUCACUGGCAGAUAAUUUUAUAUUGUCUUUCUGAAGACAUCGCUCCCCUUCAGAUAGAUGUGCUUUGUCCUCUGUUUGCAGUGAGAUAAAUCCUAAGGAAAGGAGCCCUGGUGUAUUUGCUUGGGUAGCCAUCUGGGUUUCAUUAUUAAUCAGUAGUUACUUUUUAAACCCGCAGUUCGUAAAGUAUUAGUUUUGCUGCCCUUCACAUAGUUUUGUUUUUUUAAUUGUUGUAUAGUUUUCCAUUAUUUUACAUUGAGCUAAAAGUCUUCAAGGAAGAUGACCUUGUUGCUUUAUUUUUACUAUUUAUGUUGAAGACAAAUCACCAUUUGAGGUUGGUCUUUAUAUGGCCAGUUAUCACGUGGUCAUAGUUUGAGGUGUUCAUUUGUUCAUUAUUAGCAAAUUAUGUUUGUUUCUGAACUGUGACGUGCUAAUAGCUGAGAUGAAACUGAAGAAGAACGCCAAUGUGAAGUUUGUGUGUAGCUGGCCUGUAAGAAGCUCAAUGUUUUUAGCCCACCCCUCUCUCCCUUGUCCUCUGGAGAAGCAAAGAAGAUGAGACAUCUUUAUUCCAGAUGUAAGCAAGCAGUUUUUAUUUCGACAUGUAAUACAGCGGUUGUUACUGUGGAAA